CAUCAGACUAUAAUGGGUCAAAUCCAUGACUUCAACACGAAUCAUAUCUAUGAGAACCAAUACCAGACGGUACAAUAGCUCUCAGCGUCUCUCUCUCUCUCUAUAUCAAUGGCGACCACUUUCAGCUGGGUGCUUCAGCUGCACAAGGGCGUGCCUAAAGCUGCACGUUUCUACUCGCAAGGAUUGGAUUUCGCCGUCAAUGUUUGCACCCUCCGAUGGGCGGAACUCCAGUCCGGCCCUCUCAAACUUGCUCUCGUGCAUUCCAAUAGGUCGCAGCAGUGCGUUGCAUUGAUGGGCCCAUGUUGGGGCUUUAUGAACCAGCAUGACAGGCUUGGUGGAAGCCAUGGCUCUGUAUUAAAACCUUAUUCUGGAUUAGUCCAAGGUUUUCAGUCACCGAGGGAAGGUUAAAUCUGGAACUUCUGAACUUCAAGAGAUCGGGAGCACAUAACUAAUUUCUCCUUUCUUUGGAUUUCCUUCAAAUAUUGAGAGAGUUUGUUCAUCUAGAUCUAUCAGCACUGUGCAUAGAGUGUACAGCGUGGGACCUGCCAAUUUCAGGGAUGUUUGUUAUGUAUGGAAUAUAUAUAUAUAUAUCCUGCAGAUCAAUCAGAAAACAUAUUAAAAUUGCCUCAAGUGUUAAAAUAGUCCCCUAUCUUUGUGCGGGUG